AUGUCCUCCAGAAUAACUCGCUCGGCCGCGCGAUUAGCCGCAGAUUCUCCCCCGUCCGCCGGCUCCGGUCCCUCUUCCCUAUCACCCGCCGCUGGUUCGGCCCCAUCUCGAAAGCGAAAGGCGCCCGCGCGCCGCGGUCGAUCACCGGACUCUUCGGAGCGGCCAAACAACCCUCAGUCGCCUCAUCGAAAGUCCAAGCGACAAAAGCGUGCGGCUUCACCGAAAGCGGGUAGCACCCCUACAGUUGCUCGUCGCAGUACACGGAACCCCCCAGCCAUGUCGCACCCUGGUCCAUCGUCACAUCCCGCGGAGGAGUCCUCGAAAAAGCCAGCCUCGCCACCGCAACAGAGAAGGAAAUCUAGUCGGCACGGGAAAGUGUCUCAAGAACGUUCCUUAGCUGCUCAAUCACCUCCCCCAACCCGACACAAGAAGAAGCGACCCUCCAGAACCCGCCCGGAUGUCGUGAUGAAGGAAGCGGAGGAGGAAUUGGAAGAACACGAGAAGAGCGAGGAACAUGAGCCUUCGCCACCAAGUGACAGUAAUGACGGCACGAACCCAUCGGGUCUCGAUGAUGAGGACGAUGAAGAGGAUGAUGGGGAUCUCUUUCACAACAGUCUGUUUGGCGCGCGAGGAUCCCUCGGACUGCAAAACACUCUUCGCGCUCUCAGCGGUAUGAUGUCGGGCAUGUCAUCCCGUCUGCGAGAUAUUCUGCAGAAUUUGAGAAUGAAGGAUGACCCGUCCGUCCAACUUAUCGCCCUCCAAGAGCUCUCGGACCUGUUACUUGUAUCGAACGAAGACAACCUAUCCGGCCAGUUUUCUCCCGAUCCUUACGUAAAGGAACUGGUGUCCCUCAUGCAGCCCAAUGACUUUGGCGAAGAAAACCCUGAAAUUAUGCUCCUUGCCUGCCGUUGUCUGGCCAAUCUUAUGGAGGCGUUGCGUGGCUCUGUGGCCAAUGUCGUCUACGGCGGCGCUGUCCCAAUUUUGUGUCAGAAGCUGCUGGACAUCCAGUUUAUCGAUCUAGCCGAGCAGGCACUCAGUACUUUGGCCAAGAUCUCGGUCGAUUUCCCGGCGUCUAUUGUGCGUGAAGGAGGAUUAACGGCAUGCUUGACGUACCUCGACUUCUUUCCUACAAGCACCCAGCGUACUGCGGUGACAACGGCCGCCAAUUGUUGCCGGAAUCUGCCUCACGAUUCUUUUCCGGUCGUUCGAGAUGUCAUGCCCAUCCUCCUGAACGUUCUCUCUAGCAACGACCCCAAGGUUGUGGAGCAAGGCUGCCUGUGCGUUUCUCGGAUAGUGGAAAGCUACAAACACAAGCCAGAGAAAUUGGAGGAGUUGAUCAGCCCAGACAUGUUGAAGGCCGUACUGCGUCUGCUGCUGCCGGGUACAACAAACCUUAUUGGGCCCCACAUCCAUACUCAAUUCCUCCGAGUCUUAGCUAUUACGUCGAAAGCCAGCCCACGGUUGUCAGUGGAGUUACUGAAGACGGAUGUGGUGGAUACGCUCUAUCAGAUCUUGACUGGCGUCUCACCCCCAGAAAAUCUUGAAGACCAAGCCGUUAAGAUGGAUAGUGUUCUCGUGAUGCAGGCUUUGAUCCACCGGCCGAAGGAGCAAGUUACCGAAACUCUCAAUGUAAUUUGCGAGCUGCUACCAGGUGUUCCCGAUCGUCUAGGUUCGCAAGGAGAUGGUCAUCCGGAACCCCCUACAACGUUGAGUUCCAAGACGUCGUCUAAGGGCUCCGCGGAGACACGACGAUCUCUGCUGAUGGGCUGCAAAACUGAGCUUAGACGGUUCGCCUUGGUCCUGCUGCCCACUCUCACUGAUGCAUUCUCUAGCACGGUCAAUCUGGAAGUGCGUCAAAAGGUUCUCGUUGCGCAGCUCAAAAUGUUGCAAAAUUUGGAUCCCGUCCUCAUUGAGGAGGCUCUUCGGUCCGUGCACUAUGCCUCAUUCCUCGCAGCCAUAUUAUCUCAAAAGGAUCACCCAUCUCUCGUUUCAUCAGCACUUCGCUGCGCGGAACUUCUCUUCCAGCGGCUGGAACAUGUCUAUCAACAUCAGUUCCAUCGUGAAGGCGUCAUCUCAGAAAUCGUCAAGCUUGCGAAGGAGCCACUCUCCUCUGAAAAGAACGCCAAAUCUACCCACGACUCCCUCGCUAGUUCGAUUAUGGAUACAUCGGAAGACACGCAUCAAGAAACGAGCUCUACCUCGGAUCCCGCUGGUCACACUGGAGCAGACCCGGAUGACGAAGACAGCCAGGACGGCAAUGACCGUGACAGCGAAGACGACGAUGUUAAUGAGUCGGAGGACGAUGACGACCAGGAUGAGGAUAAUGGCGAUAUUUCUGAUUCCGAGAGCUCGUCUUCGUCAGGCCAGGGCAUUUCUUCGAGCUUGGAGAAUGUUAUGAACGACUCCGUGGUUCGCGAUGCACGAGCGUUUAUGGAGCAUUACGAAGCUAGUCAGGGAGGGGAAAUGCGAGAGAAAGCCAUGGAAACUCUUUCGCACUUGCAAGAUCUUGCCGGGGAAAUUGAAGCCUGCUACUCUGGCCCUGUUGAUCCUAACGUGGACGGACUUGAUCUUUUCCGCAAACUCGCGGCCUAUUUUCAAGGGGAUGCAUUGGAGAGUAUCACCAGUUCGGAGCUUCUGAACUCCGGUGUUAUCAACACUCUGUUGACCAUAUUCGACGACGCUAAGUCCACCUCCAUGCGCGAAGCACGUAGCGCUUUCCUGCAAGCAUUUAUGGGGUCGACCAUAUCCGAAAAAGCGCAAAGCCAGGGUACGGCCACAACGCCCUUUGGCGUCUUGAUCGGUAAACUUCAGGAUCUUCUCAGUCGGACAGAGCACUUUGAGGUGAUGACUGUUGGCCACAACUCACUAGAGAACACGCGUAGCAACGCGGCCUACAUGCUCGGGAAGCAGCUUCGGCUCAAGUUGGUUGCUGACGAUGAUUCUGAUAUCCCCCGUUCCUACCGGAACAUCAUGGUCUCUAUUCAUGCUAUUGCGACUUUCAAAGCUCUAGAUGACUUCCUUCAUCCCAGGAUCAGCCUAUCAGAUCGACCAAAGACGUCUCGCAGCCGAGACACAAUCCUGUCGCAGAUCGCAAAUGCAGCGCGCCUGCGGGAUCAACUCGCCGAAGGCCGCGGUUCCAAUGGUAGCGACUUUGCACGUCCUUCCGGAAGCGAUAGGCCCGCCCAUCGAUCCGCCAAUGCAGAGUCGAGGACCACCGCUAAGGAGAAUUCAGCUGGUGGGCCGGACGUAGGUUCAAAAUCCAAGCGACCUAACGAGGAGCCCGAUGACAACGAGCACGAGAAUGAACCAUUGGAGUGUGCCGAUGAACGCCAUUUGAGUGAAGACGAGAAUGACGAUGAUGACGAAGGCGAGGACGAGGAGUUGAAUGCCAUUGUGGACGAUCUUGAAGAUGAAAUGUCAGAUGAGAACGUGCAGGACCCGUCAGCUGUGAACAUGGAGGUAGCGUCAUCGGGCAAGGUGACUGCGCGCAAAGAAGACGGCACUAGGGUGUCCACGCCGUCGCAAUCGACCCCUGUGUCCAAGUCGACGUCCGGGCCUCGCCGGUCCUCAUUAAACACACCGGGCGGUGGCUCGCUGGCUAUGGCUGGCCGUCCAUUCUCCUACGCGGCUGUCAUGGCCUCUCCCCCGUCUGAUUGGCAUAUCCAAUUCAGCAUCGAUGGCGAACCAGUUUCGAGCGACACGACGAUCUAUCGCGCCGUUCAUCACAAUCGUCGGCACCUAGACCCUAAUGGGAGGAAUGUGUGGUCUGCGGUUCACACAGUCAGCUUUCGAAGGGUAUCUGGGCCGCCACCGACAGAGCCCUCUACUCUCACGUCAAGUGCCUCCGGAUCCAGCUCACAAGACGAUGGCACCGGGAUGCCGUCCUCUCUCAAUCAAGAUCAUACAACGGCCUCGAUCUUGCGUCUGCUCCGUCUCCUACACGGCAUGAAUACGACACUGGACGACAUUCUUGCGGAAACCAAAGAUCUCAUUGCCCUGAAACCGGAAUCUUUGGCCCAAUUCAUUAACACUAAGCUCACCGCGAAGCUCAACAGACAGCUAGAGGAGCCACUGAUUGUUGCAAGCAGCUGUCUGCCCGACUGGAGCGAAGACCUUGCACGCUCCUUCGCCUUCCUGUUUCCAUUUGAAACCCGCCAUCUGUUCCUUCAGUCUACCGCCUUUGGCUAUUCCCGAGCGAUGAUGCGGUGGAACAACUCUCAGACUGGGGAUGACAGCCGUCAUGACCACCGGAGGGACGAUCGGCCAAUGUUGGGCCGUCUGCAGCGACAAAAAGUGCGGAUCUCAAGGAGUCGCAUCCUCGAGUCAGCCAUGAAGGUUAUGGAACUCUACGGUUCGUCUCCCAGCGUGCUCGAGGUUGAAUAUUUCGAGGAAGUUGGAACGGGGUUGGGACCAACUCUGGAAUUUUAUUCGACAGUCUCCAAGGAGUUUUCCAAGAAAAAGCUGAAGAUGUGGCGAGAAAAUGAUUGCGCGGAUUCCGGAGAAUACGCAUUUGGCGCCCGUGGGUUGUUCCCUGCGCCAAUGAGUGAGCAGCAAGUGUCGUCGGAAUUUGGCAAGAAACAACUCCAGUUGUUCAAGACUCUUGGCAAAUUCGUCGCCCGGUCCAUGCUGGACUCGAGAAUCAUCGACAUCUCAUUCAACCCGGCUUUCUUCCGGAUCGCCGACACCUCUUCUGCGGUAGCUCCAUCGCUCGGCACCGUCAAAGCAGUCGAUCACGACCUGGCCAAGUCGCUGCUACUGCUCAAGCGCUUUGCCAAUGCCAAGAAGGCUGUCGAGGCGAAGAACCUCCCUAAGGCUAAGAAGACGCAGGCUCUGAUGGCAAUUGAAGUGGAUGGCGUUCAGGUCGAGGACUUGGGGCUGGAUUUUACGCUCCCAGGCUAUCCUGCUAUUGAGCUCAUCACAGACGGUUCCAAUAUUCCGGUGACGGUCAACAAUGUUGAUCUGUAUGUCGACAGAGUAGUGGACAUGACCCUGGGCAGCGGCGUUCAAGCCCAGGUAGAAGCCUUCCGGACCGGGUUCUCGCAAGUCUUUCCCCAUUCUUCCCUGCAAACAUUCACACCGAGCGAGCUGGUGAUGUUAUUCGGCCGGGCCGAGGAAGAUUGGUCAAUCGAGACGUUGAUGGACAGCAUCAAAGCAGACCAUGGCUUCAACAUGGAUAGCCGCAGUGUGCGAAACCUGCUUCAGACGAUGAGUGAAUUGGACCCUCAACAACGGCGAGACUUUCUUCAAUUUGUUACCGGCAGCCCCAAACUGCCCAUUGGCGGCUUCAAGAGUCUCACGCCAAUAUUUACCGUUGUGUGCCGCCCCAGCGAACCCCCUUACCUCCCUGACGACUACCUUCCCAGUGUCAUGACUUGUGUAAACUACCUGAAGCUGCCCGACUACAGCACCUUGGACGUUCUCCGGGAGCGACUGUCUGUUGCCAUCAAGGAAGGACAGGGCGCGUUCCACCUUUCUUGA